AUGGCCGACGAGAUGCAGAUCAAUCCACAGCGAGCAAAACAGCUUGCCGUGAACCUCGCCAGUAUAUCUUCCCGCAUCAAUGCUGCCAACAAAAGCUCCAAAAAGAUCCGCCUGAUAGCCGUCUCUAAACUUAAACCCGCGACCGACAUCCUCGCAUUACACCAGCAGCCUCAGCCUAUACAUUACCACUUUGGCGAAAACUACGUCCAAGAGCUACUAGAGAAGGCGAAGCUGCUUCCGCGCUCAAUACGAUGGCACUUUAUCGGCGGUCUGCAAUCCAACAAGUGCAAGCAAUUAGCGGAGCAAAUACCGAAUUUGUGGUGCGUAAGCAGCGUAGAUACUGCGAAGAAGUGCGAUCAGCUGGAGAAGGGCCGCAAGGCGCUGGUCGAAAGCGAUGCUGGAGUUGAACCGCUGCGGGUCAUGGUACAGGUCAACACUAGCGGCGAGGAGUCCAAGUCUGGAGUUGAACCUGAUGACGCGCUCGCAUUGGCAAAACACAUCGUCGAGCAGUGCCCAAAUUUGCGCUUCACGGGCCUGAUGACUAUUGGUGCGAUCGCGAGGAGCAAGGCUACUACGCCGGAGACUAAGAACGAAGACUUUGUGACCCUGAGAGACGUCAGGGAUAAGGUCGCUGAGGGUUUGGACUGGGAGAAAGAGAAGAUGGAGCUAAGCAUGGGGAUGAGUGCAGAUUUCGAGGGUGCAAUUGCGAUGGGCAGUAAUGAAGUAAGGGUAGGGAGCGAUAUCUUUGGUGAGAGACCAGCAAAGAAAGAUGCGGUAGUCGUGGAGAAGAGCUAG